UCAAAGUUAGGAAAGUCCUGACAUCUCUACAUCGGCCACAUCCUCGCCCGUGGAUUAUAAAGCAGCUACUUUAUUCAACAAAGCGCCCACGAGCCGAAAAAACUGGACUUGUCUGCUCUUCCGCCGCCACAGUCACUGCUGCUCCGCCACCAGAAGAGGACUCUUCAGCCCGAGAAGCUUCACGCCCCCAGAGACCCAGACCUCAGCUUCUACCAACAUCAACUUAACAUAAGAUGGAGGGUCACGUGACGCGAUUUGCACUUCUUCUGUGCAUCACGGUUGCAGCCUCUGCCUCAAGUCAGACGUGCGAUCCAAUGGAGGUUAACGCCAACCCGUGGGUUUACGGGAGUGAGAUUCAAAUUGGCUGUUGGACCAGCUUCAUCAGAGAGGACAAGGCAGAGGUCCACAUCCUUAACCUGAACUUUGUCGCCACGGAUUCCAAGAUGUUCUCUCUACAGAUGACCAACGCCAAGCCAAUGAACCUCAUCCUCACGUCCCCGGACACGGCCUACGCUCAUUACAUCCUCAACACCGACGUCAACGUUUACAUUAACAAUGACUCCAAAGUUAUGCUUCUUGGUAAUCAACAUCAAAACAACAUCCACAAGCAAGACUUCCCGACUCAAGACGAGGAGCUGAUCAAGUGGGCAAGACAGAAGUUUGGGGGUGUGACUUCAUUCACCACAGUCAUCAAUCUGCAUACUUUGACAUCGACGGGAACAAAAGGAACCAAACCUGGCUCUCGUUACUGCACACUCAGAAAUGAAGAUGCAAUGGAGAAGCACUUUAUGAAGAUUGAAACGGUACCCCGGGCCUCUCUGUUCAAAUCGUGCUCCCCACAGCAACAGAGCCCCGAAGAUGUAGCUGAGCUUCACAUCAUAAACAUCCUGGAGAAUUCCACCACUCGCAAUGUAUCACUUCGAGUUGACACCAAGAAGACCAGUGUGUUCCUGAGAGGCCCUAAGGGCACCACAUGGACCAUCAUCAACGCACAGCACACCCAGUUUGGAUCCAACAAUGACAUCCUGCUGCCCACAUUCACACACAAAAUCCCUCCAUUUGUUACACUGGACAUCGACAAUGCAGAGGAUGUGCAAAGAAAGGCUUUAGAUCAUUUUAAAGCCAGUACUUUCACCAGCUACACUGAACUGAGACCCGAGGGCUCUAUGGUUUCACUGGUUCUUGGAAAAAAAGACAACUCUGCAGUUAUAGAAGCAGCGCCAGCACCAGUCACUCCCAUCUCAACUAAUGCCCCUCAUCAGAUGCCUCUGCUGAUGCAGUUAUACACCUCCCCAGACUACCGUUCUCCCCUGGACCCGACCACCAAGGUGCAGAGUGACAAGAGAAUCUAUGCCGAGAUUUCAGUGCACACUUUAGGAAAUAUCGUCUUGACCAUCAAGGUGAUCAGCUGCUUUGUGCGCUCCAUGGGCUCAUGCCCUGUCGUGAAGGAGCUGCCCUUCAUGCCGGAGGCCUGCUCCUUGAAUUCUUGUCCCAAUAGCACCCGACUCAGCUUCUCCUUGGAUCAGCUCCAAGAGCUCACGUCCACCAUGUGGGACCUGGAAUGCGCCGUCAAACUUUGUCACAGUGAGCAAUGUGGAGAUGGAGGAAGAGUGAAGAGGAAUCUGGAGGUUACCCAGCCAUGUCUGCAACCACCAACCCCACCAUGCUUUGAUUUUGGCUUACCUGGUGUUCUGGGCAUUGCAUUUGGAGGGUUCCUGAUUGGAGUAUUACUUAUUGGAGCACUGUGGUUUAUCAAGAUUAAAACAGGGUACCUCACUGGACUGGACAUUAGCUCAACUGCAGCAAAUCUACCUGGAUGUCCCUGUUCAGGAGCAAAACGACAACCUGUCUCCACCAACCCAUCUCCCUCUGAGAACAGCAGCGCCAGCGCAAGCAUUGGAAGCACCCAAAGCACACCGACCAGCAGCAUGGCAUGAGAUUAUGGUAAUCUCCCCCACCAGCAGAGCCACCGUCUCCCUUAAGUCACCUAUAUGGGUUUUGUGCUUUUGUUUUCGUUUAUAAUGCUUAUUAAGCAUUUCUCCCUCGCCUGCCUCCUUCAAAUCCUCAUUUAAAAGCACAACCCACAUCUUUGACUUAACAAGCCCCGAAUGGAUGUGAUCUGGGAGUUUGUAUUGGUGGAUCGAAGGUGUGUGUGUGUGGAGGGGAUGCUGGGUGACAGAUGACAGAAGUCAAAUCAAUGGCUUCUCUGACGCUCACCUCUGCGGCCUCUCUGUAAAGUCAAGCUCCUAGACAGGAAGUUAAAGAGGGCAGGAGAAAAAAAAAUUGGCUCCCAGCAACAGGAAAAACAAACCAUAUCCCCCAAGAACUAACAGGAAAUUCCCUGCAUUCCUUUCAAUGAAUUGUGCUUGUGUGAUGGCAGCACAAUAAUGGUUAGACUUUGAAAAACAGAUGAAAAAUAGUUUUUGCAUUCACGUCCAAGCUAUACAAAUACGAAGGGCUUUUGUCUAUGUCGGUCCAGAAAGUUAUUAAUGUCUCUGAGACUGAAACGCUCAACGUGCUCAUAUCUAAAAACCUGUUAAUGAAAUGCUCACUUAAAGGGGCAUUUGUCUUAAUUGGAGUGCAAGGUAAAUAGUUAACAGCUACCUCCUAUUAUUUAGAAGUCUAAUGUUAAGUUUAAACUUAAUACUAGAUUUUACUGGUGAAUUGAUCUUACUUUCUGCCUUUUUUUAAAUGUUGGUUUCAUUUUGUGUCACUUUAGCUGAAUAUUGUAGUGGACCUCUGGGUCGUUUGUAGCUCUCGACAACAAAGUCAUGGUGCCAUUUUAAUACAACCCGAUAGCUGUAUCAGGGCAUUCAGAGAAUAUAUACAUUACUUCCUAAUUACUCAACAUAAUCCUAAAUUCUAUUUAUGGCCCAAAGGACACAAUACAUAGUGAACCACUUCUAUUUAUGUGAACUAAGAAAUGAUCACUUUAGUAAUGCACAGUAAAGCAUGCAGAGAUACAUGGUUGUAUACAGAGCGGAGUAAUGUUCCAUUAUGAAGAGUUGAUACCAAAACUCACAUCAGUUCUCAUACGGCUACGCCCACAGGGUGGAGUUUCCCCAAAAUAGUCUGGAGGUGGAAUUCCAGUACUUUUCCUUUGCUCAAUGUGUAUUUGCAGUCCAUCACAAUUGCCUGGCAAUUAGUUGUAACCAUAAUUAUUUUUACAUGUCAUGUCUGUAACAUACAUAAACACAAAUACAAAAACAAUUUUUUACUAAAUAUAUCUUAUAAAGGUAUUGUCAGACAGAUUGAAUCAUCCCCCUGAUGAAUUAGAUGCCAAUGCUUAUGGUGUAUAAACCGUAAUACUCUUCCAAUAUUUGAAGCUCAAGACUUUCAGAAGGUAUUAAGUGUAUAACCUGCUUUCUCAUUUUCAAUAAACUUUGCAUGCAAUAUUUAGCCAGCCUCGAAGAUGAGUGCACGAAAAGGGAAAUCCUUUGGGUCGAUGUAACCAAACUCCGAGAAACUUUUAUUCCUUGGGGUGUGGGAGGGGGGGGGGGGGGGGGACUUUUGGUACCAACAAUAGGCUUUCACAAUGAACGUAACAUUUUAUAUGUUUUCUUCCUUUCUCAGAAUAAAAUUAAAUGUGUGAGCUUUGAGGCGAAUGUUUGCUUCAAACGAACGGGCUAGAAAACCUGAUUUCUCUGUGAAAAAUGGCAAACUCAGAUAUGUGGGCUGUAUAUAGAUCAUUUUGGUAUAUUUCUAUCUAGUUCAGUUCGACUUUGAGUAUUGAGUAUAACACAUGCAAGCCCACUACUCCCUAAUAUUACAAGUCACCGGCUCUGAAUACAGCCUUUUUGGACUCCAUAAUAUAAUCAAUAAUAACAAUAUAAGACCACAUUUUAUAUGCACAGUUUGCAACAAUACACUAGUCAUUCAGUUGUGCUUUAACCCCAUGAAGACUGCUUACACAAUGUAACUCUAGCUUUAUUUCUAGCUGUCACAUGACGUGCCUAAUGAUAUGGAAACUGUCAUUUGAGAGGGGUGAAUUUCUCAUUCAAAUUAUGAACUUCUGCUCUCUCCAUUUGAUAGGCUGCAUCAGCCGCUGCAGUGCUAAUGCUAGACAGAAGCUGCAUAGAUGCAUAAUAACUCAUGAGGGCUACAACUGUAGAGUGACGGUUGAUCCGUGAACCCAAUAUUUGUUUCAAUGUACAAAUGUAAAUGUAAUUUCAUUUUUUAUUAUAUUUUGCCACUCUGUUACCUCUUAAAACAUAUUCCCAUCACAUCGCCCGUGGUGUAAGUAAGCAGUUUGUAUCCACAGUACAGAGCUUUGACACAUUUUUCAUAUACAUUUGACACAAUGACACUGAUUACU